AUGGAAAAUAUGUUUUCUUCCGUUCUCAUAUUGCUUAUCACAAUUACUCUACCCUCCUAUGCUCAAACGACUCCACCAUGUAUUCACUACAAGUUUGCGCAAACCUUAAACAAACCAAAUGGGUAUAAACAAUGUAUUGAUCUCCCAUAUUAUAACUCCACCUUACAUUACAACUACAACUCUUCAAUUGAAACCCUCGAAAUUGCGUACCGCCACCCCGGUAUGAAACCCGGCACCUUGUCCAAGUGGGUUGCAUGGGCCAUAAACCCUACCGCAAAAGGCAUGGUUGGAGCACAAUGUUUAGUGGCGUACCACAGUCACAAAGACAACUCUGUUGUGGUAUACACCUCCCCCAUUACCUCCUACGAGACGACUCUUGCAAAGGGUGUUUUGAGUUUUAACGUGACAGGGCUUGAGGCAGCCAUUGUUGACGACGAGGUUAUUGUUUUCGCAACGAUUAAGGUCCCUAAUAAUAGAAGGGUGAUUCACCAGCUUUGGCAACAAGGGCAUUUUGACAAUGCCUGGAAUCCAAUAGCUCACCCUUUCGAAAACAACAUUCUUUCAAUGGGCUCUCUUAAUCUUGUUUCUGGUGUCCUCACUCUCCCCCCUCAAGUUCCUCCCUGGAAAUAUGUGCAUAUGGUAAUAAAUAUUUGUAGCUGGGGAGUAUUGAUGCCUUUAGGAGUAAUGAUAGCAAGACAUUUGAAGGACCUUUUACCAUCAGCUUGGUUUUACCUUCAUGUUGUGUUUCAACUCUCAGCAUACAUUCUGGGUGUGGCUGGCUUGGCCAUCGGUCUCAAAAUGACCAGUGGUUACAGCAAACAUCACGUACACAACUACAGCCAUAGAUGGAUCGGCAUUUCCCUCUUUUGUUUGGCCACGUUCCAGGUAUCUGCGACUUUGCUAAAGCCAAAAAAGCAGCACAAGCACAGAUUAUACUGGAACAGAUACCACCAUUUUGUCGGGAGGUUAACGGUAUUCCUUGGCCUCUUCAACAUAUGCUGGGGUUUCUUGGCACUCUACGAGAGAGUAGAAAUAUGGAUACCCUUUUUAACUGUGUUUUUGGCAUGGGGUUGCAGUAAUCAGCUGAAGACUCUAUUUUAUGCAGUUCGCGAAUCUUCAACCUCUAGUUCAAACAUUUAA